GCUGCCAUUGCGGAUUUUGCCAGCUUCAGCCAGUUUAGUCCUAAGAAGGAACUUCUGACCCUAGACAUCCUGUUUUCUAAAACUAAGCAGUUAAAGCUGAAUGGGAAUUUAGCUCUGUCACAUAGGCAUUGGUUGGGCAACAAAAGCAGGGUAGGGCUCCAGCUAAGCCACGUAGGCACUACGGAUGGGCAACAGAAAGGUUGGUUUCUGGGCAAUUCAGAGAAACCAAGGACAGCUACCCCCAGAACUCAGAGUAGCCAACUGGGCUGCUCACAGGAGAUGCCUUAACUGAAAGGUGAUCAGACUCCACAGGAGACCCAGAGAAGAUGUGGAGGGAGCUCAGAGGCUGUCCUGGAGGAGACGUGGAGACAGCUCAGAGGCUGUCCCGGAGAAGACGUGGAAAGAGCUCAGAGGCUGUCCCAGAGAAGACGUGGAGAGCUCAGAGGAUGUCCCAAACAAGAGAGAGCUCAGAGGCUGUCCCAGAGAAGAUGUGGAGAGAGUUCAGAGGCUGUCCCGGAGAACACGUGGAAAGAGCUCAGAGACUCAGAGACUGUCCCGGAGAAGACAUGGAAACAGCUCAGAGGCUGUCUGCAAGAAGACGUGCAGAGAGUUCAGAGGCUGUCCCAGAGAAGACAUGGAGAGAGCUCAAAGGCUGUCCACAAGAAGAUGUGGAGAGAGUUCAGAGGCUGUCGUUACUGCUGCACUUGGCUGUUUUUCUUUGGAUAAUUAUUGCAAUCAAUUUUAGUAAUUCAGGUGUUAAAUCACAGUCAAGCACCUAUUUACCUAGUGGUAAAAUCCUUAAGUAAGUCAUAUUUGGUUGGGAAGAUCAAAGAAAUCACCCAGUCUCCCACAUCCGAAAUUGUGCAGUCUGGACUGUCAGGAACAAAAGUGAAAGAGAGACAUCAUCAAGGCUGGGCGCGGUGGCUCAUGCCUGUAAUCCCAGCACUUUGGAAGGCCAAGGAGGGCGGAUCAUGAGGUCAGGAGUUCAAGACCAGCCUGGCCAAUAUGGUGAAACCCUGUCUCUACUAAAAAUACAAAAAUUAGCCAGGCAUGGUGGCAGGUGCCUGUAAUCCCAGCUACUUGGGAGGCUGAGGCAGAAGAAUCACUUGAACCUGAGAGGCAGAGGUUGCAAUGAGCCAAGAUUGUGCCAUUGCACUCCAGCCUGGGAGACAAAGCGAGACUCCAUCUCAAAAAAAAAAAAAAAAAAAAAAGAAUGACUAAAAUUAAGAAGAUUGAUGAUUCCAAAUAUUCGUAAAGAUGUAGAACAACUAGAACUCCCACAUAUUGCUGAUGAAAAUGAAGAAUAAUACAUUACUUUGGAAAAUACUUUGGUACUGAUUUACCAUAUGACCCCAAAAUCUCACUGGUAGAAAUUUAUACAGGAAAAAUGAAAACAUAUGCUCACAGAAAGCUUGUAUACACAUGCUUAUGGCAAUAAAUUUAUUUAUAGUUGCCUACCAACAAGUGAUGAACAAAUAUAUUUUAGUAUCUUGAUACUACUUUCUAGCUAGAAAAGGAAUACUACUAAGCAAAAAUAGAGGAUGAAGUAGUAAUAUACAUAACAUAGAUGAAUUUAAAAACACCAUGCUGAUUGAAAGAAAACAAUUAUCAAAUACACAGUGUAAUAUUCUAUUCACAGAAAGUUUGAAAACAAAAAACUAUAGUCUCUGAAAGAAAACCAUUGGUUGCAGGAAGGUGGGGAUUCAUUGGCCACAAAAGGGACUGAGGAAACUUUUUAUGGGUAAUGGAAAUAUUUUAUAUCUUGAUUGUGGCACCAAUUAUACAACUGUAUGUACACAUUUGUCAAAAUUCUAAUUGUAUUAUACACAACAUGAGUGACUUUAACUGUCUAUAAAUUAUAUCUCAAUAAAAUUGGUCUUAAAAGAU